GUCGAAGUCACAAUCGGGCAUAUUCGAGAUCCGGCGUACCGGAGCCUGCACGUGAAGAGCCAUCAGUCCCAUGCAGAGCUUUUCCGUUGCCGGAGCAGAGUUUUCGAGUCCGGGCGGGUCUUCUCUCACUCCGGACGCUUUUUAUGUUACACUCGAAGUUACUGCACGGACUUUGUAGUUUGCAAAUUUCGCACUUUUUCUCGCCGGUCAGUUUUUUUUUCUAAAAAAAAACUACGAAAAUGUUUCUGGGUGUUGCAGCUAGAAAAUGAGUUUUCGAGCGAUCAGUUAAGCGUUGUGGAUUUUUGCUUUAUAGUGAAACAAGGAUUUGUUUAGGGUGAAAAUAUAUGAUUUUUGAUGACAGAAAAAGUGACGCAUUACGGUGGAAUAUAAUAUUAUAGAGUGAUUAAAGAAACAUAUUAGUGAUUUUUUACUAUUAGUGGUGUUACUCUUGGAUUUACUUAAUUGAAAAUGGAUACGUUUAUUUUUAAAACGCUUCAUCUUUUAUCUGUAAUCUCCGUCACGCUAGGAGCACAACAGUAUUUUAGAGUACAACCCCAUGAUGUAAAAGUACAAGAAGGGGGAGAAGCUAUGUUAGAGUGCGAGGUAGCUAAUUUGGCUGGAGCAGUUCAAUGGACAAAAGAUGGAUACGCCCUUGGUUUUUCGUCGGUAAUCCCAGGAUUUCCGCGCUACUCCGUUAUCGGGGACCGAAGGAACGGGGUGUACAACUUGCGGAUAAGCAACGCGUCCCUGGAGGACGAUGCCGAGUAUCAGUGCCAAGUUGGUCCCUCGAAACUAAACAAGGCCAUUCGAGCGGACGCCAGACUCAACGUUAUUUCUCCUCCGUCCUCCGUAGAGAUUUUAGACCAUAGACAUAACUCGAAGAUCGAAAUAAAAGAAAAUCAAGAAUUCCAUCUGGAGUGUCGGGUUCGUAAUGCCAAACCAGCUGCAAAGAUUGUUUGGUACAGAGGAAAUGUAGAAAUCAACAUACCGAAUAGGGAAGACCAAACAAUAGAAAUUCCUGGAAAAAAUGGCGAUAAACGAAUUACCAGGUAUGACACCCAUUCGAGGAUAUCCUUAAAACCGACUGCUGAAGAUGACUAUGCUGAAUAUACCUGCGAAGCUCGACACGAAGCGCUGUCAACAGACAUUCCAGUUAGAGCUACUGUACAACUGAGUGUGUUGUACCCACCUGGAAUGCCUUAUAUUGAGGGAUAUACUGAAGGAGAGACCAUUAAAAGAGGUCAAACGGUCGAAUUAGUAUGCAGAAGUCGUGGAGGUAAUCCCCCAGCUCAACUAAUUUGGUAUAAAAAUGGCGAACAAAUCAGAAUGGCUUAUAGAACCGCUGGGAGAGUAUCUGAAAAUGUGUACACCUUUACCGCUGAUGCUAGCGACAACAAAGCUAGGUAUAAGUGUGAGGCUAGCAACAUUAUGUCUAAGAACCCAUUAAAAGCUGAAAUUGAUAUGACUGUAUUAUUCUCUCCUGCUCAUGUGACCAUAUCUGGACCUACAGAAGCCAGAGUUGGAGACCCUGUGCCUUUAACUUGUACCACCGCUAAUUCAAAUCCUCCGGCAGAAAUUAAGUGGAUGGUUGCAGGCAGACAAGUUAGAAAUGUAACUUCAAGAACAAUAGUUUCUCCAGAAGGCGGUUGGAUUACUACCUCAAAUAUAACUGCUAUAGUUGAACCUAAUAGAAGAAGCCUUGUUGUAAUUUGCCACGGACUGAAUAUGCAAUUAACUGAAAAUGUCGUUUCUACUCAUACUAUAAAUGUUUUAUACCCUCCAAGUCAGCCGUUUAUACACGGGUAUACAGAAGGUACCCACGUGCCAGCAGGUACUGUUCAAAAGAUAUCAUGUACUUCUUCAGGUGGAAAUCCUUUAGCCACUCUAACAUGGUAUAAAAAUGAUAAAAAGAUUCACUCUGCAGUAAAAUCCACAGAUAAGUCAGUAACAGCGGAAAUAACCAUUUUAACAAACGUCACUGACAAUGAAGCUCGAUACCGAUGUGAAGCUGCUAACUCAGCUACAGAAAUACCCUUAUUUGAAACUAUUACGUUAAGCGUAUAUUUUGCCCCAGAAACAGUUAGAAUACGCCAAGUUCCAGAAGGCUUAAAGCCUAACGAGGAGGCCACCCUUAUAUGCGAUUCUAGCUCUAGCAACCCUCCUGCCAAAUUAUCCUGGUGGAAAGAGGGCAUCCCCGUCCAAGGAUUGACAAAUUACUCGAAACCAGGACUUCAUGGUGGUACCGUGUCCACAAUAGAGCUUAAAGUAAACGUAACUGAAGAUAUGAAUGGAAUCCAGUACGCUUGUCAGGCUCAAAACGAAGCGUUACAACGAAGUGCUCAUGAUUCAAUUACCUUACAAGUUUUAUAUAAACCGGUAUUUGAUAAAAACAACGAAGACGCAAUAACUGGAAUAGAAAAUGAGCCAUUAAUAAUAAACCUCAAAGCAGACGGAAAUCCGGACAAUAUCGCUUACACGUGGACAAAAGACGGUCUGCCAAUUACACAGGCUUCGAAUGGGAAUGGAGCAGAACGAAUCGUUUCGGAAGGGCCGAUAUUAAAUAUAACAAAAUUAUCAAGACAUGACGCGGGCACUUAUUACUGUGAAGCCAUAAAUUCUCAGGGGACCUCUUUAACAUCAGUUAAUGUUACAGUACAAUAUCCAGCAUCAAUAAUCCAAACUAGCGAGACGGUAAUUGUGAAUCCGAACGAAGAGGCGACGCUUUCAUGUACAGCGGACGGCAAUCCACUCGCAGACGACACAAUAACCUGGAAAAGAGACGAUUUUCCAGACUUCGAGGCCAGAACGUCGAUUAUGUACGAUAAAAAUGGAACUUCCAAUCUGAGAAUUACCCAAGUUACCAGAGACGAUCUCGGCAAGUUUCAGUGCAUUGCGAAUAAUGGAGUCGGAAAUUCUACUAUGAGAGAAGUUAUGUUAAUUGUUAAACAUAAACCAGAAAUCGAUGAAAGUCCAUCCCUACUUAAAUUCGCCAGCGAUGCUGGUGAAACAGCAAAAAUGAUCUGCAAAAGCCAAGCAUCUCCUUUAGCAAGAUACACCUGGGCUAGAAAUGGUAGCCCAAUAAAUGUCAAUACUUCUGGAAAAUACUAUUUCACCUACAAACAGAUUGAUCAGUUAACCUCAGAGUCAAUCCUUUAUAUUAGCCAUAUAACAUCAGCUGACUAUGGUAGCUACGAAUGUGUAGCUAGAAAUGAACUAGGAUUUUCUACAAUAUCGCCUAGACUAGAAGUAACAUCGCCACCCGACACCCCAAGUCUCUUGGUAGUUGUAAAUGUUACUCAUGAUUCUGCAGUGCUGGUUUGGACUCCAGGUUUUGAUGGCGGAAUGACGCCUUCGUACCGAAUUAGAUAUAGAAAGACAAAUGAAGAUGGAUAUAAAUACGAGGAUGUACUACCACCAAAUGCAACUACUUAUACAAUAAGAGGACUAGAGGCGGACACCCAAUAUGUAUUUUCAAUAAUGGCGUCCAAUAAAUUGGGCAGCAGCAAGUAUAUGCCUGAUUUGCUUUCUGCAAAAACCUCAACGUUCGAAGGAGAUCAUGUCGAACAAGUGUUGCCAGAGGAAAUGUUAGAAAAGGAAGAUUUAUCAAGGGUGGUUAUUAUCAGUGUGUCGGUUAUAGGAGUCGUUUUGCUUGUGGUGAAUGUAGGCUUGGUAGCCGGAUGUAUGUUAAAGAAAAGAGCCAAAAGGAUAAGAGAACAAAGUAACCAGACCAGCAAGUCAGCUACUAUCGAAAUGUACGCUCCAAGCAGCUACAAUGAUACAAUGACGGGCGAGACACUUUCAUCUGUCAGUGAAAAGAGUGAAACAUACUCGAAUGAAGAGAGCAAUAAUGAAUAUGUGGACGACAGCAGAAGUAAACAGGCGCCGAACUCGUACAUCAUGGAACAGCCUCCCCCAGUGGAUUAUCCUCCAGGUGCGUACCCUGUGUACGAAAUGCAGAUGGGGAGCGUCAGCAUGGCUCAUAAAACUCACACCUUACCUCACCCCCAUCAUCACCAUCAUCAUAACAUGCAUGAUGUCAGGCCGAGGUCGCGUGACGAUCAAAGUCUUGGCACCUACGCGCCUGGUAUGGGCUUAACCUUGGGCAUGUCAGCCAAAUCUUCAUACGUAAGCGCUCCAACACCAACACCACCAGCCGACGGUAGCUAUUACAACAUGUCCGACAGAUACCUUUCUUACCCCCCACCGCUCGACUUUCAAAACAUCCCACCAAUGCCAGCCCACCCCCAUCUUCAACACAACAUGAUCCCAGCGACACCUCCGCUACCAUCUAACGGUUCGCUGUUACGUCAUCAGCGACACGUACCGCCACCAGAUGUGCUUCACAAUACUAGUCAAAAUGCUCAGAUCCUGCAAGCUCAGACGCUGGCACAAAAACGGUCAGAGCUGACUAGUUUCGGAAAUGGUUAUGGGGUUAAUGAACAAGAGGGUCAUCUUGUCUGAGAUCAGGGGGGUGUCGAUAUUUUGUACGUUUUGUAAAAUAAGAUGAAAGUAUGACGAUGAUGAUGUAUGAAAACUUGAUGGUGUAGUGGUGAUGAUUAUGUGUGAAUGUAUUGAUUAUGUAGCUCAAUUGGUAAUAAAAUAUUUCUUGAUCGAGGGAUUUUAGUACUGAUUUUGAUAAAAUAUGUUUUGGCAUUUGAUAUUUUACAGAAAAACAUUUGCAGAGAAUUUUAUCCGUAAACCGUAGUUUUAAAUUUUAUAGUUUCGAGAUAAAAAUGCUUUUUUAAUGUGCGUAUAUGAAACAGUAGAAUGCUGAACUAAAUAGAUCAUCCUAAAUUUUAAAAGCAAUAAAAUGACUAUACUUGCGGACACAGUAUUUGGUCGAAUAGAGAAAAUCUGCAGAAAGCAUUCUGAAAUUACCACAAGGGAAAAAUAAGACAAAAAAUAUCAGAACUACUUGAAAUAAGGUGCAAAAUUAGAGAAUUACCAACCCUAGUAAAUUGAAAAAUAUUAUAAAGAAAAUCAAGCUAGAAAACGUCGAUACCCUGUUAAAACUGAAUACAAAAAAAAAACAAACAAAAAACUAAUUUUGAUUUUUCACAUCUAAUAUAACUAAGUUUUAAAAAACCAAUCUAGCUUUUUAUUUGAAAAAUAUAUUAAACGGAAAGUUUCAUGGUCAUAUUUUUAAGCCGAUGUCUUCCUUAGCGCAAUCCGACAACUCUGGAUCUACAACGUGAUACUCCGGGUCUACUUCUUCCUUGUCCGCCGUCGGUUGUCUUAGACCUUUAUCCAGUAGGUUCUUGUACCAAGCAAAAGUUUCGUUGUCUUCCCAUUUUUCUUAGUAACAUUACAAACUCGCUUAAUUUCCUGUAUACCAAUGAUUUUCUUGAGUUUUUAACCAAUAAAAUCCUUCCAAUCCCAAUACUGCCACAGCACUUUCAGAUUCCCAAGUUCUCCAAAGAUAUUUCAAUCUUCUUCCCUUAAUUUCCGAAUCCUUUUUGCAGAUUUUCUUUAUCUGAUCGAAUAGUGUGUCCGCAGGUAGAAAGCCAAAACGCCAACAUGUGGAUAUUAAAAGAAUUUUUAUUUUGGCCCCCACAUUCAUUAGCAAAUAGUCUAACCAGUUUGCAACUCUCUGGAAAAUCGUGGUUUGUCAAGAACUGGUAUAAGGUCUAUCCUAUCUCAUUCGGUCUCCUUUUCGCUUGAUGCUCUAUCCAAGUAUAAAAGUAAGGGCGUCUUAUACUAGGUUUGUUAUACAACAGUCGAAAUAUACUGUAAAACUGUUUUCCGGGCUUUCUUUCAAAAAAUUGUGGAAUUGUUCAGCCAUCGAUUUACGAAUUCCCUGUUUAGUUUUAGAUUAUCCUUUCAAAACUGCAUCCUUUGUGAAUUUAGUUGUAUUUUUUAAGUGUAUACAUAGACUGCAUACAUCUGUUUUUGAAGGUGGUAGAUAAUGGUACAGAGAAAACAUCUUGUCGAACUUGCAUUGUCUUAUUUAUUUAAUGUAAUACGACGUUUCGGUUGGUAAGUAUCUCCAAACGUUAUCAAGUGUAAACGUCGUGUUACAUUAAAUAAAUAAGACAAUGCAAGUUCGACAAGAUGUUUUCACUGCAUACAUCUGUCACGGGAUUUCCAAAGCCGAAAAUUUUAAUUUCGGCUUUCGAAAUGAUGAAGGAUGAAAUGGAUGAAAUGAUAAAAAAUAUCGACAAACGAGAUUUAAGUUCGGCUCAACAGAGUCAUUAUAAAGUCUUGAUAGUUUCGCUAUGCUUAAAUCUGAUGAAAGAUACAGUAUAUAUUUGAUGCCUUAUAAUACUAACAACAUAACUUGGAAUUAUAAUAUUCUGAUCCGCUCUGGGUAUUUAGCUCUUUUAGUCUCUAUACCUCUGGCUUAUCUCAGUCAACGCAGGAAGUGGUAUGAUAUGAGCAUGAAAUAAAAUUAAAAAAUAGGCAGUCAAACCUUAUAAAUAAUUCUCUUUGAUUUCUGAUCAUUAUAAUGACUUUCAGGUGCAGUUAAAUCCCCAAUAAAUUUUUGCACUAUAUUUUCGCAGCAUAUUGUUAAUUACUCAUAUAUUGUCAUUUAUACAUCAUAUUUUUUCUUUCUUCGAUCAUCGCCUCUGUUUUUUCUUUGAGGAUGUUUUACUUCAAUCAAAUGGGAUACUUUAUUAUCUAUCUAUAGUCACUUUUACAGGUUGUCUAUAUACAAACUUUCUAAUAAUUUUAACGUCUUCUGUAGUAACUAUAUGGCACUAAAGCGCAGUUUUUAAAUGCUUGCACUUUAUUUAAAAAUCUUUCGCAUUAGGUUUAUGAUUCAUGUAUUUUAUAAAGAAUAUAAAACAACUUUGUUGCUAACCUACUAAACUUAUAGUCAAACUUACCGUAUUUUUUUCGUUUGUCUUGUUUAGACAUAGUUUGUUUCUUUCUCUCGAACCAUCAGAUGCCUUACUUAUAACCACUAAACUACUAUCAUCCAUUUUUAGGUUUGGCAACUAUAAUUAACUAUUAUUCACUUUUAAAAUAAUGCAUAAUUUAGCAGCAAAAAAUCGCAAAAGUCUAAUAUGCACACUACACAACUGUCGGUAAACAACUAAACUAUUAACAACUGAAUUUCUCACUUAUUCCAAGAAAUGCUGCAUUUAAAUGAAAUUCGUAAAAGUUUGAUAUUUAUCUAAAACUGCGGUUUGCAGACCACCUCCUCAAACAUUAACUAAGGAAUUGAUAAUUAUAAACCCCUAAUCAAAUAGCUAGUGGCUUUAGAGUGAUUGAUUCUUAAUUAAAUUAUUUUUCUCAACUUUUGUUAAGUAUUGAUUAACUUAUACAACUCCUAACUCUAAUACAAUCUCGUUGUUUUGUAUAUGUAAAGAAAUGAGUUUCAUGUCCAUUUAAGUUAUGCAUAAUUUGUAGGAGUUUAUAAGAAUUAAUUUUGAGGAUGAAAUGCUUAAUGAUAAAAAACGAAUUUUUAAAAUAUAACAAAUAGUAUCAAGGUAAAAUAGUCUUGUUUAUUAUUAAAUUUAGACCAAAUUUUCCUUUGACCAAAAAAAAAUUAAUUUAAGAUAUUUUUUUGUUUUUUUAGUAUUUUAGAAUACUGCUUAUUUUUAUGGAGAACCUGCUACAGAUAAAUGUUAAAGGUCUUGUUUAAAACUUUAUAUGAUAAAAUAUUGGCACUGUUGGGAAUUUAUUGCUACUAAUUAAAAACAAGCAGAAAGUCAGCUGUUUUAAUUUUCCAAAAAAUCUAUGCAGAGGAAUAACAGCAUAAAAUAAAAAGAAUAAAAUAAUAGUAGUAGUUUACCCAAACAGCUCUUAAAUUUUUUGUUACGUUGCCACCAAAAUGCCAAAACAAUUUUAAUCAAACAAUAGGUUAAAUAAUUGUAACUUAUAGUAUUUAAGAACAAGUCAAAAUAGUUUUAUUCAUGUUAUUUAACAAUACAAUAAUUUUUACUAAUACCUAUAGUUAAAAAGUACUUAAAACGUCAAUUUAGUUUUAUCAAUAAUAAUGCUACUAAUUGUUAACUUUAGGUUUUCGUAAUGCCAAUAAUCAAAACAGUUUACCUAUUUCUACAUAUUGCCAAAUCAAAAUAUAACGAUCAAUUUAAUAUGACGAAUCAAAUGAUCUUCCUGAGAAACAAAAGUAUUGACAAUAUGGUGAAACCAUUCAAUGAACAAAAUUUUAUAUUCUCCAAAAAAAAUUUUUUUUUAAUCUUUACUUUACCAAAAAACUGUUUUUAUGAAUAGCGAUAAUGUAUAAUAGUCAAUUUAGGAUGAAAAACAUUAUUAAGGCGCUAACUGAUAAUCAGUUCUUAAGAUAUAUAAAAAAAUAUCUAUGUGAUCCUUAGAUAGUAAAUAAAUUUAGCAAAACACAUGUUAUUUUUACAAAUGAUUUGAAUAGUAUAUCGUUUGUUUCUUAUUACUUAUGUGUUCUUUGUAGAUAUAUGUUAUAAAAAUAGUAUUUUUUUACAUUGUAUGAUUAUAGAGGUUAAAAUCGAAACAUUAUUUUUUAACUAGUCCAAUGGAACAACCAAAGUUUUUCUUUUUGUAAAAAAUAUUUUCUUUAUAUUUAUGGGCCAACGCGGUAUAAAUAUUCAUUGUAUAUAUAUAUGCAUUUAAUUUAUAUAGAGAUGACAUCAGUGUCACCCUAUGCAUUUAGUUUUAGUUUGCCUUAUUUUUGUACUUAUUUUUUUCCUUAAUUAUAGUAGUUUUUGUAAAAUAAUUAGUAUAAUGUAACAAAAUAAUUUCGGUCGAAAAUAAAUGUUUUAGUUUA